AUGGCCGACGUUUCAAUAGAUGCACAGCAAUUCUGCCGCCGAAUAAAGAGGCUUUAUCAGAGCUGGACGACUCAGCAAAGUGGCGUCUGGGGUGGCGCGAACGUGCUGGCGGUGGCGGUAGGAGCGCCUUCAGAUGACUUAAGAUACUUAAAGUCCAUCUCUCUUCAUCUGUGGCUCUUUGGCUUUGAGCUGCCCGACACGGUGCUGCUAUGCACCAGGUCGCGGAUCUUGGUACUCACCAGCCAAAAGAAAGCUUCGCUUCUGCAACCGGUUGUUGAUGCAUGUUCCCGAGGCGAAGGAGGGCCACUCCAAAUGGAGCUGCUCGUGAAGCCGAAAGCGGAUGAUGGUUCGGCUCUGUGUACCCAACUCCUGGAUGCCGCGCGUGGAGCCGAAGCCGACCCGGUGCUUGGCCACUUGCCUAAGGAUAAACACACGGGGAAGUUGUGGGAGGUCUGGCUAGCUGCGCUUGGGGCCAGCGGUCUGCGUACCGUGGACGUUAAUAGCGGCAUAGCUGACCUGCUGGCUAUCAAGGACGCAAACGAGAUCCUUAAUGUCAAGAAAGCCGCGCUGCUGGCUGCCAAGGCUAUGCAGAACUGGGUUGUACCAAAGGUCGAGGAUGUCGUGGACUCAGGGAAAAAGAUGAAACACAGCAAGCUGAGCGAGAUGUGCGAGGAAGCUAUCACGGACCCGCAAAAGGUGCAAGUAAAGCUUAAAGCAGAGAACUGCGACAUAGCGUACCCGCCAAGCUUUCAGUCGGGAGGAACAUACGACCUUAAAGUCAGCGCCAUAUCAAAUGACAUGCCGCUCCUCGAUGAUGGUGUCAUCGUCGUUUCGCUCGGUACCCGCUACUCUUCCUACUGUGCAAACAUUAGUCGCUCUUUCAUCAUCAAUCCCUCUAAAGACCAGACGGCGCAGUACAUGGCGCUUUUGGCAGCCCAGGAGGCGGCGAUUGCGGCGCUCAAACCGGGCGCACCUCUCACAGCCCCUGGUGAAGCAGUGGUUAACACGUUGAAGGCGCACGGGCAGGAGGCUUUGAUUUCUCUGCUGUCGCGGAACGUGGGCUUCGGGAUGGGUCUGGAGUUUCGUGAGGGCACACACGUGCUGCACCUCCCCGGAUCUGGAAAGGCUGCGCCGGCUGGAGAGAACGGGGGGCCUCGUGUGCGCGCGGGCAUGGUCUUCAACAUAUGCCUGGGGGUGAUGGGACUGACCAACCGCGACGCGCAGGAUGCUAAGGCGAGAAACUACGCCUUGCAGAUUGCGGAUACAGUUAUCGUAGUUGAGGGCGACCGGCCAAAUGAGGUUGCUACCUCGUCGGCCCCCAAGAAUUACGAUAAGGUCACAUAUACAAUCCAGGAGGACGAGGACGGUGGUGGCGCCGACGGGCGACUUGAGGAUGUGACGAACGGUGCAGGCACGUCCAGAAGCGGUGUAGGGUCCAACCUGGCAGCUCUGGGUCUGAAGAAGACCCUUCGUUCCGAUGACCCUACUUUCAAGUCCGCAGAGCAGCUCAGGAAGGAAAAACAGGAAGAGCUUCUGAAGAAGAAAAACGAGGAGACGCUCGCCCGCUUAACAGCGCAAGCGGGCGGUGCGGGAGGGGCCAGCGGCGCAGGAGGGGCCGUCGGCCGGAAGGUCAGCGAGACUUUUGCUUAUCGCCAUGUCAACGAGAUGCCGCCAGCGAGAGACUUGCGUGUGCAGGUGGAUACGAAGGCUGAGGCGGUGCUCUUACCCAUCUACGGUGUUCUUGUACCGUUCCAUAUCACAACUAUUCGCAACGUGACGACGACCAACGAUGCAGGUGGUGACGCAGCGCUGGUGCGAGUUACCUUUAACCUUGGGCCCAGCUAUGAGCCCAACCAGCGAUAUCCCAACGCCGUGUUCCUAAAGGAGCUGUCUUUCAGGUCCUCGGACGUGAAGCACGCAAACAAGGUGGCCCUAGACAUCAAGCUGCUGCGUUCAUCUAUCGCACAGCGGGACAAGGAGAGGGCUGAGCGGGCAACCUUGGUGGCGCAAGAGAAGCUGGUUCGCGGCAAGAAGAUCUUUAAGCUACCAGACCUCUGGAUGCGCCCGGCAUUUCCUGGGAAGGGGCGAAAGGUGCCGGGGUCACUGGAGGCACACGCGAAUGGAUUCAGGUACCAGACGCCAAAGGGCGAAAUCCUGGACGUGAUGUAUCGCAAUAUCAAGCACGCACUUUUCCAGCCGGCCGAGAACGAGAUGAUUACCAUCCUUCAUAUGCACUUGCACAACCCCAUCAUGGUGGGCAACAAGAAGACCAAGGACGUCCAAUUUUACACGGAGGUCAUGGAUGUCGUGCAAACGCUUGACGGUGGCGGACGGCGGAAUAUGUACGACCCGGACGAGCUGGAAGACGAACAGCGCGAGAGGGAACGACGGAACAAGAUUAAUGGGGAGUUCCAGCAGUUCGUCAAGCGCGUGCAGGAGAUGUGGGGCAAGGACUGUCCGGACCUCAGCCUUGAAUGGGACAUCCCGUUCCGUGAGCUCGGAUUUAGUGGUGUGCCGCACAGGUCUACUGUGUUCAUGAUGCCGUCGGUCAACUGCUUGGUUGAGCUCACGGAGAUGCCUUUUUCAGUGAUUACGCUCGCGGACAUAGAGAUUGUAAACCUCGAACGUGUGGGCUUUAACCUCAAGAACUUCGACAUGGCCAUCGUUUUCAAAGAUUUCACCCGCGACGUCCUGCGAAUCGACGCCAUUCCUUCAAAGAGCCUUGAAGGCAUCAAGGGCUGGUUGACGGACAUGGGUAUCAAGUACUACGAGUCUAAGCUGAACCUACAAUGGAAACCCAUUCUCAAGAACAUCCUCGCGGAUCCCGUCGGCUUUGUGGAUCAAGGCGGAUGGGACUUCCUGGACAUUGAGAAAUCCGAUGACGAGGAGGAGGAGGCAGAGGCAAGCGAGGAGUAUGCCCCAUCGGAUGAUGGCGACGAUGAGGACGAUGACGAUAGCGACAGUGAUGACGACAGUGACGACGCCAGUUUGGAAGAGGAGGAGGACGAUGACGAUGAGUAUGGAGAUGAGGAUGAAAGCGAGGGCAAGGACUGGGACGAGCUGGAGGAGGAAGCACGCAAUGCGGACAAGCAGCGGCAUUACUCAGACGACAGCGACGACGAGAGGCGGGGCAAAAAGCGAAAAGCGGCCGGAGGGGGGGGUGGAGGCAGCGGUAUGGGGAUACUCGACGAGCUGGCAAAGCGGCGGCACGGUCUCAUUGAAGACGCCAAGAUGGCAUCUCAACUAGCAGUGAGCAGGUCCUUCGAGUUGGCACGGGCCAUGGUCCGAGCAGCGUUCUUCCUGCCUGUGCGAGAGUCCCUGACGGCUGGCAGCUGCCACGGGCGGCGUUGUGGAGGCUUCGUCGACAGCAGCCCCUUAGCGAACGAGGAUCCGAGUGACCAGGGUGGCAGCGCUGCAGGCAUCAGCCCGAAGAUACCUGGUGGAUCUGGUGGCGCAACCAUGCUGAAUGGAGCCUCACAUGCACGUGGUGCGCACAAAGCACACCUACCCAGGAGCAAGAGCGCACACAUGAGCAUCGUAAGUCUCUAUUGCCUUGCUUUCGCUGUGCGGCAAGGCAGCGUACUGUACCGUCCCGUGCCAGCUUCAGCGGGUGCCUAUUGUAUCAGCAGCCUUCUGCCUAUUUCCCUUGUACAGGCGGACAUGGCGUACCAGCCUGGAGCUGGCGCCGGCUCAGCGUCUGCCAGUAUGUCCCGGCGGGGACUGCAACGCUCACGGAGCUAUGGCCGCCUGCGCACGGGCGCUAGCACGUUCAGUCAUCACACGACAGAGGCGCCCAGCGACGCCUUAUCGGUCAUUCGUGACGCCGGCUAUCCUCAUGAGCUGCACACCGUCACGACGGAUGAUGGCUACGUGCUGCGCAUGGAGCGCAUCCCCCGCCCCGGGGCCCGUGAUGUUGUGUUCUUCAUGCACGGCGUGCUGGACACCUCCAUGGCCUGGGUCAGCGGGGGGGUGACUGGCAGCCAGGCAUUCGCCGCGUGGGAAGCCGGCAUGGACGUGUGGCUGGGGAACAGCCGGGGUAACUCCCCUCGCCAGCACCAAGGUGGGGCCGUUCCUGAAGCCGUUGGGACCACAGGGAGGUAUCAACCGGUAGAUCGUUCAGCGCACGCAUCGGUCAUUAUCUUCAAUGUUGGCAAUCUAGAUGUUUAG